AUUGGUUGGUCUAUUGGGCCGUCUAACUUGAUGAAACACUUGCACACCGUGUCCCAAAACUGUAUCUACAACUGCCCCACUCCUAUACAGGAAGCAGUAGCACAAGGUCUUGAACACGAGAUGUCGAGGUUUGGAACGGAAGGUUGUUACUUUAAGUCCCUUCCCAGGGAGUUGGAAGUGAAGCGUGACCGUCUUGCCUCGAUUCUAAGAGAAAUUGGGAUGGAACCCAUCUUGCCCCAGGGUGGUUACUUUAUACUGGCUGAUGCAUCAAAGCUAAAAGUGGAUCUUAGUGACAGCGCUGGUAGUGGUGAGAACUAUGAUUAUCGUUUGGUAAAAUGGAUAACACGUAACAAGAAAGUCGCAACAAUCCCGAACUCAGCUUUCUAUUCUGAUGAACACAAAGAUAUUGCAGAGAAAUUUAUCCGAUUUUGUUUCUGUAAGAAAGAUGAAACAAUCGACAAAAUGGAAAAGAUUUUCAAAGAAUGGGCAAAGACAAUGUAAACAAUCACAACUAUGAUGUCACUAUGCAACGUAUAGAUUAAUUUCUUUGUUUUUAGAAAAUCUAAAUAUAUUUCACGAUUGUGUAAAAUGACGUUUAUGGUGAAAUUGCAAAUAAAUUGGUGCCGUGAUUUA